AUGCUUUUAGACGUUAUUCCUUAUUUAGUUGAAAACAACGUUAUUUUUACUUGCGAGCCAAUUGUAUACAUUAUAAAUGAAUGAGAACUAGGAGUCCAAAUGGCAGCAUCAAGAGCAAUUACAGAGUGAUAUGGACUCAAAAAAUACUCACAAAAUGAAUGAGACUCUCUUCAAGCUUAAACUUAAAGUGCCAAAUCUUCCAAAUUGAUGCCUUCGCAUAAUAUCGACCAGAGCUAUUUACUUGCUUGAAGGGUACUCAGCCUCUAUUAGGAAAAGCAAUUUUCUCUAGGGAUAGGCUUACAUUAGUACCCUAUGAUUAUUGAUGGGCUAGAAAAACUUCUCCAUCAUUUCGUGAUUGAUACUAUGACUGCAAGGUCAGCUUGAUACCUUCUGUCGGCCAUCCAUGAGAAGCGGAGUCAUUUAGGCCAAAAGGGAGCAAACCUCCAAAGACCGGAGCAAAAGACUGUGCUCCAAAAAUUAUUCAAAUAGUUAAUCUUAAUCAUAGAGUGCCACAGCUUCAAACUAUGGCCUACCCACUCAAUAGAGCCACGAAAGCAAGCUAAGAGGUAUAAUUAAAUCGUCUGUCUGCCGUCAGGCUCAUACCCAAAGUGGCUUUUGAGGCCAUGAUGCGUCAUUGCUGAGAACAGAUUUUGUCGCCAUCAUUUUAAUAAUACUCUUCAAGCAAUAUGGCAUGACAGAACUAAAUUAGUGAUGGUCCAUGUUACUUAUUUUUCAUAUAACAUAUCAGAUAGCACAAUCUAUAUCCCAAUUCAUAGCUUGCCUGAAGGGAUUUUGGCGCUCCCAAGCUUAGUUGCAUAUGAAGAAAUCUUGAUUUCUAAUUAUAAUCUAUCACAAGAAUACAAGUUUCUAGAAAAAGCUUUACGUAAUGAAGAAAUCCAUUAUCCUUUACCUGUUAUACAUAAUAACCCUGAUUAUGCAGUUUUCCAUUUUUUUGAUGAGGAGUCAAAUAUUUGUGGAUUUGUGGAAGCAUGGUCAACAAGCAUUUUUUCCCAGCCUUUUGACAGAUGGCAGCAUUAUUUUGUAGUAAGUGGCCAGCUUCCUUCAAAAGAUGCGCUUAAAACUAUAAAAGGCAUAAUUUUACUAGGUGGGAAAUUUUCUGCAAAUGAUCAAUACAACUGACUGAUUAAUUUAAAAAGUUUUUUAAGAGAAAUUAAUGAGGAUUAUCCUGAUAUUAAAGUGGUUGGAAUCUGUUUAGGGGCACAGAUUAUUGCAAAGACAUUUGGUGGAACUGUAGAAAAAAUGAAAAAUAAAUAUAUUUUAGGAUAUGAAACAGUAUUUACAACAAAUGAAUUUAGAAUGAGAUUUGAAAAUACAAGAGAAGUAUAUAAAAUUGCGGAAAAUCACGGAGAAAAUGCUGUGAGGCUGCCAAGUGGAUGGGAAAGAUGAGGGUACUCUAAUAGUUGCCCAAAUGAAAUUUUUGGGGUUCAAGGGAAGUGACUGUGCUUUCAAAGUCAUCCUAAUUAUGCAGGGAAAAUUAGUGAAAUUUUUUUAGUUCCUUGAUUUACUCGUGGCCAUCAGCGUAUUUCUAAAGAAGCAGAAAAAAUUAUUUUUAAUCAAAGUGCUUACCGUUUUCACACAAAUGAAUUGCUAGGCUUAAUUAAAAACUUCUUAAUGAGCUAUACUGUCACUAUAUAA